AUGCCCUCACACAGCGUACACUUCGAAAACCGCUUUUCCAUGUCACCGACAUCCAAUAGACUCGAUUAUUUCGACUCGGAUCAUACAAAACUAGAUGAAGUAGAAGUAGGAGCUUGCGAGUUGCUACCCACGAUCAAGAGCACUCCCCUUUCCAAGAUCGGAACAUGCAGAAGUCAAGAAGCCAAUUUUCAAAUUUGCGAACGACCGCCUUUCGGCAUUGAGAAGUCUGAACAGCCCAUCACUGUGGAGGUGGCGGCGGCAAACAACGAAGACAACUUCACAGCCAAAUCGGCCAUUUACACCACUCUAGACCAUUCGUACGUUUCUGCCGCAGCUGCAACUAGCCUAGGUCUACAGCGCAUACCCAUGCCAGCUUCCCUGAAGGCAAUGCCUUAUUAUUCACCGUUCGGCUUAUUGGAACCUACACACUUCGUUGCUAUGCUCAUACAAGGAAGCGAAUUUUCUCGGUUUACUGCCAACAUUGCCGUUCUUGACAUGGCUCCUGAAUGGCAGAACAUCAGCAUAUUCCUCAGCACAGGGUUUCGCGGCAAGGCGAAGGCGGCGGGCAAAGCCUGCGGCCAGCGCCACCGGUCUGUCGACAUAACACAGGCCAUUUCUCGAGAAAUUCAAUUUGAUGCGUCAGGGGAGGAUCCUGCAACGAUCUAUCUUGACGUCAGACAGCAGGAAGGAGCACCGUUGGAUCAGAGUUUACCUAGUCCGUAUUCUGUGGGGCCGUCUGAUACCGGUCGCCUGUAUCCACCCGGCGCGGCUUUAGGACCGUCCCGAUCUGUGAGCCGGGUCGAGAUCGCCGGCUCGCCUGACACUCCUGUGGAAGCUCGGAUAUCAUCACCUCCCACGUCUUUCGAACUAGAUGAAUUGUCUCGAUGUUCUAGGGAAGCUCAAGGAUAUGGGAGAUCGGGACGCAUAUCACAAUACGGUCACGGAGCACCUCACGACAAGAUGCAGCCCAAAGACGACAUCGACUCUGCCAAACCGUAUGCCGCGAAUUGA